AUGGACACUGCUUGCCGGCAAUCAAGAGGUAUCCAAAUUAGUCCAGAGCAUCGUAUCAUAGAUCUUGAAUACGCUGAUGAUGUAGUCCUUUUUGCUGACAGUUAUAACGAAAUGCAAGAAAUACUAAAUAACGUAUCAGAAACUGCAGCAAGAAUCGGAUUCAGGAUCAAUGUACAUAAAACGAAAGUCUUUUCGUCUUAUGAAGUGCCUGAUUUCCUUGGAUCCACUCUAAUACCAAAUGGACAGGCAAAAGAUGAUAUUACAACUCGGAUCACGGAAGCUAGAAAUGCGUUCUUUCGGUUGACGAAACCUUUAUGGAAUCGUCGUGAAAUCACCAUAAAAACAAAAGUCUGCAUCUAUAUAGCCGUGAUUCGUUCGAUUUUGCUAUAUGGCUCUGAGACAUGGCCAAUGGGAUUAUUUGUCUUUGACCACUCUUGUUUAAGGUACAUUUUCCGUCGAGCGGGUAAAAUAUCACAUGAUCGCAUCCACCUUCGUUCAAAAACCACCCGUAUUAAUAAUGUUAUCACAAAGCACCGCCUUCGCUGGUUAGGGCACAUUCUCCGUCGUCCACCACAGGAGUUGACGCAUAUUUCGUUAUUUGCUAAACCGUGUGAUGGUUGGCGUCAAAAGCGAGGUGGGCCAAUCAAGACCUGGACUGAUACGGUGAGAAAAGAUUUUGAACGUAUAGAUGGACUAGCAAUAUAUGGACUUAGACGAUGGAAAAAGGAAUGGCUUCAUUACUGUCGACGAUGGCAUCAGAUCGUCGAUAUUUCGGUAAUCAAUGUAUAUGCUCCUACUUUAUGA